AUGGCACAAUGCCACCGAGAAGCAUAUAAAAGAGACUGUCUGGCAUCGAAGUACAUCCAUCAAACGAUCACCACUACUUCCACUCUCAUCUCAAAAUGCAAACCUUCUCGUAAGUUUUCAGACAUUUCCACUUCUUUUUUUAACUUUAAAUGCGCUGAAAACGUUUUCAGUGCUGUCCUCCUUGCUUUGGGUCUCUUCUCUGGAGCUUCCGCCCAAUUGGCUGCCUGGCCAUCCCAAAGCUAUUCUCCAUUCUACCAAGCUCUCUUCGGAGGAGCAAGUACCCCAGUUCUUUCUGCACCAGUAGCCAAGACAGCUCCAUCCGCUAUCCCACUCGCUGCUCCAGCUCUUCCAGUCCCAGUUGCCGCUGCUCCAGCCUUCGCUCCAACAGCACCAGUGCUUGCCGCUCCAGCUCCAGUCCUUGCUGCCCCAGCUCCAGUAUUCGCUGCUCCACGCCCAGUCUUCGCAGCUCCAGCUAUUGCUCCAGCUUUCGCUCCAGCCUUCGCUCCAGUGGCCCCAGUUCUCCGUGCUCCAGUUCUCGCUGCCCCAGCUCCAGUCUUCGCUGCUCCAGCUUUGGCUCCAGUUGCUCCAGUCCUUGCUGCCCCAAGACUCGUUCCAGCAUACGCUCCAUUCGCUCGUGCUGCCAUGUUCAUCGGAUCCAACAAGGCCAAGACCGCAUAA